AUCGCGUCUGAUUGUGAAGGGUGGGGAAAGCGUAUCGGAAGAUUGGAGAGCUGAACGAACUUCCCUAUGUUUGACUGCUCUUCUCUUCGCAGAGAUGAACAAGAAAGGUUUAACCAUCUUGAUGAGGACUAAAAUGCUCGCCUCUGCUACCACAGCUUCUACCAUAUAUUGAAUUGAAGAGAGGUUGUAUCAAAAUUCAGGUUUUGUUGCUGAACUUUUUUCGAAUAUCACUCCAUCUCGUGGAAUCGGCUCAACGAUUUCGUCUUUCGAGCACCGUAUAAUUAGCAGGCUUAACCAAAUGCAGCUUUCUCUUGGGGAAGCCAGCAGAUUAUCUGGUCAGAAUAUCAAUGCCUCGACCAACACUGAGAGAGCACUUGAGGUUGUGAGGGAGUCAAUGCACACAGCCAUAUCAAUGAACAAAAUUGAAGUUUUAGAUACUGUACUAGAUGAUUUCUCGGAGGGUUACUUUUGCCUUUCAAGAGAAAAUCGCCAGAAACUACUUCUUAUACUUGCCAGAGAAUAUGAUCUUAAUAGGGUACAAGUUCAUGAAUCGAUGAGGCAGUAUCUUGGGCUUGAGAUGCCGCAGGGUGACAAGGCUGAACUUGCUACACAUGAAGAGGAAGGUUCACUUGCAACUUUCUACAGGGUUGAGCGGAAUUUAAGACAUGCUCUAAAGCCAACAUAUGGAAUUCUAUUUGAAAGGCUCAAUACACACCCAGGAGGUUUGAAGUUCUUGUGCACCAUCAGAGCUGAUAUUUUAUCUAUUCUUGAGGAGGAAAGUAUUGCAUCUUUACGAGCUCUAGAUUCCUACCUAAAAGAGGAGCUUAGUACUUGGCUUACUCCUGCUACCCUAGAGCUUCAUCGAAUUACAUGGGAUGACCCAGCUUCUUUGUUGGAAAAGAUUGUUACAUAUGAGGCUGUGCAUCCAAUCAGCAACCUUAUAGAUCUUAAAAGAAGGCUGGGAGUUGGUCGCCGUUGUUUUGGAUAUUUACAUCCAGCAAUACCUGGUGAACCACUAAUCUUUAUUGAAGCUGCACUUAUGAAGAAUGUGGUGCAGACAAUACAGGAAGUUUUGUGGAAUGAUCCUCCAACACCUGAAUGUGAGCCAACUUGCUUGGUAUUUUACUCCAUAUCAUCAACUCAGCCUGGCUUGAAAGGUAUCAACCUUGGAAAGUUCCUUAUUAAACGUGUGGUUGAUGUGGUGAAAAAAGAAAUGCCAAAUGUUUCUACAUUUGCAACACUCAGCCCUAUCCCUGGCUACAUGCAAUGGCUCUUAUCUAAGUUGGCUUCAGCAGAGAGAUCUGACUCUACCUUUGGGGAGAACAUACUUGAACCAGAGGAGAAAAGGGAAAUUUUGGAUGCAUCUGUGGAGUUUUCUGGUGGAGAAAAUGCCAUGAAAGUUAUGUCAAACAUGUUGACAUCAACUAACCUUGAGUGGACUAAAUCAGAUAGACUAAUUUCAGCAUUGAAAGCUCCUCUGAUGCGAUUGUGCUCCAGGUAUCUUUUGCAAGAAAAGAAGAGGGGGAAAGCUCUAGAUAUGGUUGCAAAUUUCCACUUACAGAACGGAGCAAUGUUUGGAAGACUUAAUUGGAUGGCAGAUCGAUCAGAGAAAGGUUUUCGUGAGAGCGGAGGAAUUAUGGUGAAUUAUAUCUAUAGGCUGGACAAGAUUGAAGAGAAUGCUCAGUCAUAUUUUAGCACAGGGCAAAUCCAUGCUGUUUCGAUCCAAUGAAGGAAGAAGAGGUAACAAGAGAGCAGCUGGAGGAAUAAUUAGUAGUACUUUUUUUUCUUUUCCCCUUCUUCUUCUUCUGGUAUUAUCUGUUUAGCUCAACCAUAUCAAAUGUGUGCAUAUUUUGAUCUCAAAUUCUCACCUUCACAAGAGACUGAAGGGUAGCAUAUAAUUUGAUUGAUAUUAUUUGACUACAAGCCAUUCUUUGAUGAAAGAUAACAUGUUAUGAUGCUUUA